AAAUGCUUGUGCGAACAACUCAAAACCCUAAAUGAAACACAAGUGAUCUCACUGACGACAACGCAUGCACUCUUUGAAGCAACGAGUUUAGACAUUUGGCAAGUCAUAUUGAAUAUUGCAGAAGCAUAUCCUUUGUCGGUUUAUUUCGUAAACUCCAUGAAACAGAAUAUACUUCACGUUGCAAUAAUGAACCGUAGCGAAAAUGUUUUUAACCUUGUUUGUGGAACCAGUGUGCUUAUGGCUUAUUUACCGGAUCAUCGAGACAAAUAUAAUAAUAGCACUUUGCAUUUCGCUGCGAAAUUGGCACCUCUGCACAAACUAAAUCUUGUUUCUGGUGCAGCUCUUCAAAUGCAACGAGAGCUGCAAUGGUUUAAGGUAGUAGAAAAAAUCACACAAUCAAAGUACUUGUCAAAUCGGAAUAGAGAUGACAAAACACCAAGUAUGGUCUUUAUGGAGGAGCAUAAGGAGUUAAAAGAGGCAGGGGAGAAAUGGAUGAAAGACACAGCAAAUUCAUGCACAAUUGCAGCAGCCCUCAUUGUUACUGUAGUAUUUGCAGCAGCCAUUACAGUUCCUGGUGGCAACAGUGGUGAAAAUGGCCUCCCAAUCUUCUCCAACCACAAUGCUUUCACAAUAUUUGCCAUCUCAAAUGCUGCCUCUCUCUUCACAUCAGCUACUUCCUUGCUUGUCUUCUUGUCCAUCCUAACUUCGCGCUACGCAGAAGAAGACUUCCUAUACGCUCUUCCCAAGAGACUAAUCAUAGGCCUCUUCACCUUGUUUUUGUCCAUAAUAUUUAUGAUGAUUGCCUUCUCCGCCACUGUGUAUCUGGUAUUUGGGCAUAACAGAAGGGGAGUUCUUAUUAUAGUGGCUGCAUUUGCAUGUUUGCCGGUCACUUCAUUUGUGCUUCUUCAAUUUCCGCUGCUUGUAGAUUUGGUGUCAUCUACGUACGGACGGGGCAUUUUCGAUCAGCGUGGCAUUCCCCAGCUCCCUUAUUGACUUGCAUGCCACUAAUAAUUAAUUGGUUUGAUGAGAGGCACACUCUAGACUUUGUAGUGCUUUGAUCAUUUUAAUUUGUGGUUCUAGGCAAAAGUUUUAGCCAAAUUACAUUUUCCAGUAAAUGUAAUUUAAGUUUAAUUUA